UUUCGUUCCCGCCCUUCAUUGCGUCGCCAGCCGAGUCGUUGGCCGCUCCGCGCACUCUUCUUGCCGCCGCCGUCGCGUACGCCGCGCCCUACCGAGGAGAUCGUCGGACAGAGGCGAGCCCGGAGGGUCGAUUUGGCAACUGCACCGCCCACAGGACAAAAACAUUUGCUUAUUCCCUUAUUUCCUUUUUUUAAUUGCCGUCCGAAAUGCCUCGCGGAGAUCGGGAGAGCGAUUGGAGGGAAAAGGAGCAGUUCCGCAAACUAUUCAUUGGCGGCCUAAGCUUUGAAACAACAGAAGAAAGUUUGAGAAACUACUACGAGCAAUGGGGAAAAUUAACAGAUUGUGUGGUAAUGAGAGAUCCUGCAAGCAAACGCUCACGGGGAUUUGGUUUUGUAACAUUUUCAUCUAUGGCUGAAGUCGAUGCAGCAAUGGCUGCCAGGCCUCAUUCAAUUGAUGGAAGAGUAGUUGAACCAAAAAGGGCUGUAGCGAGAGAGGAAUCUGGGAAGCCUGGAGCUCAUGUUACUGUAAAAAAAUUAUUUGUUGGUGGAAUUAAAGAAGACACUGAAGAACAUCACCUCAGAGACUACUUUUCUGAAUAUGGAAAAAUCGACACAAUUGAAAUAAUUACAGACAGACAAUCUGGCAAAAAGAGAGGCUUUGGAUUUGUAACUUUUGAUGACCACGAUCCUGUGGAUAAAAUUGUGUUGCAGAAAUACCACACAAUCAAUGGACAUAAUGCAGAAGUAAGAAAGGCUUUAUCACGGCAAGAAAUGCAAGAAGUUCAGAGUUCAAGGAGUGGAAGGGGAGGUAAUUUUGGCUUUGGAGAUUCACGUGGAGGCGGUGGAAACUUUGGUCCAGGACCAGGAAGCAACUUCAGAGGUGGAUCUGUUUCUUCCACAGAUGGCUAUGGAGGUGGUCGUGGAUUUGGUGAUGGAUACAAUGGAUAUGGAGGGGGACCAGGAGGUGGCAAUUUUGGAGGCAGUCCUGGUUAUGGAGGAGGAAGAGGUGGAUAUGGUGGAGGAGGACCUGGGUACGGCAACCAGGGUGGGGGCUACGGAGGUGGCUAUGACAACUAUGGAGGAGGCAAUUAUGGAGGUGGGAAUUACAAUGACUUUGGAAACUAUAACCAACAGCCUUCAAACUAUGGUCCAAUGAAAAGUGGAAAUUUUGGUGGAAGCAGGAAUAUGGGAGGACCAUAUGGUGGAGGAAACUAUGGUCCUGGUGGAAGUGGUGGAAGUGGGGGAUAUGGAGGGAGGAGUCGUUAUUGAACUUCUGUAAGCUUUUCAUGGGCUUCACUGUAUAAAUAGGAGAGGAUGAGCCCAGAGGUAACAGAACAGCUUCAGGUUUUCGAAAUAACUUUGUUAAGGAAACACUUAUCUCAGUCAUGCAUAAAUAUGCAGUGAUAUGGCAGAAGACACCAGAGCAGAUGCAGAGAGCCAUUUUGUGAAUGGAUUGGAUUAUUUAAUAUCAUACCUUACUGUGGAGGAAGGAUUGUAAAAAUGCCUUUGAGACAGUUUCUUAGCUUUUUCAUUGUUGUUUCUUUUUAGUGGUCUUUGUAAGAGUGUAGAAGCAUUCCUUUGAUAAUGUUAAAUUUGUAAGUUUCAGGUGACAUGUGAAACCUUUUUUAAAAAAAUUUCUCUAAAAGUUUUGAAAAGCUAUUAGCCAGGAUCAUGGUGUAAUAAGACAUAACGUUUUCCUUUGAAAAAAUUUUAAGUACGUGUGUAGAGUUAAGAAGCUGUUGUACAUUUAUGAUUUAAUAAAAUAAUUCUAAAGGAAAUGUUGUGUAAUUAUAGAUUUAUUUAAAAUAUAUUGUAAAUUAAGGCAAGGAGUGGGUAGUAGAAGGUCCCACAAAUACUAUAAAGUUGUUGUUGUACAUGUAAAAUGCUGGUUAGAUAAUGUUUUUUUUUUGUAAAUUACCAGAUUAAUAUCUAGAUAACUUAAGGGAUAUCUCUGCAAAGAGAAACACCUUUUUAGAUCUUUUAGAUGCUGCUUCUUCAAUGGCAAGUAAAGGAAAUAUCCCCAGCGAGGUACUGUUCCAGGGACACAGGUCUAGUGCAAAAGAACUCUUGAGAACGGCAAUUAAGUUCAGCCAGUCUUAAAAGCUGUGCUGUACUUCCGCAAAGCUUUAACUACGGUAGUUUUAAGGAUGCCAACGAGAGCUGAGGGUUCUAGAGCAAAAUAGUUCUAAGCUUCAGUUAAACUACUUUAGCUUUAUGCAUCAUGGACAAGCAAUAGACCUGCUGAACAAAUGAACCAGCCAAGUGUCCAUUAAUGAUUUGCAAGGGUUCCAUCCCUGCUAUGGGUAGUUAAAAUGGAAGGUGCCAAUGCUGCAGGUAACUAAUGAAGAAGUGCUCAACCACAGAAACUUCAAGAAAUAAGAUAUUUCUUUAUUCUUCAUAAAAUAGUUGGUUUUGCUGAUUUUUAUUAAACCCUUUAUAGUUGAUUAUUUUAGUUGCAGCCUAUUGUAAUUUAAUUUCAAAAGUUUACAAAAUGAAGGCAGACAUUUUCUAGAAUUCAGACUGACAGGAAGUCAAGACUAAUGUGAAUAUUUGAUUUUUAUAAGUGUUAUAAUAAACUUUUGUUUAAAAAAUAUUCCUAGUCUGAUACCAUAUUACCAUUUUAUGCGCAUCCCAAAUGAUAAAACAGUUCUUCAAUGCAGUGUGAGCUGUACCACAUUACAUAUUUUUGGCAUCAUUGUAUGUAUUAAUAAUUUACGGCUGUAAGAUAAAAAAAAUAGCGCAAAAUACCACUAAGAAGAGAGGAAAUAUACUAUGCUUAACUACAGAGUUUUUGGGAUCAUAUCUAUCCUGUCUUAUCUUCCUUUAUGCCCAGUGACAUAGUAUAACCUAAGCAUAGAACAAUGAAGAAUCAGCUGCAGAAAUAGUGCUAUGAAAGUCAAAUAUAACUGGGAUAUACUACAGCAUCCUACAGAAUGGGACAUACUGUCCCUUAGCACCUUAAUGCAGAUGUUACUUUUUUUGGCAUCAAAGAAAAAACAUUGCCUAUACUGCUAGAGAAAGCAACAAUAUUCUGAAAAGGUGCUUUUUCAGUGAAAAUUGGUAAGAAACUAGAUGGAAUCUAGUUACAAAAAAAGGGGCAAAAUGGCUGGUAAUUUUAUUUGUAUAUAUCCUUAUGUUUGAAUACAUAAUGCAAUAUAUACAAUAGCAACUGCAAAAACAUCAGGUAUAAUGCAUGGAAAGAUUAAGUGUAUUUACCUGGUAUAAUUCUGUUCUGCCCCUUUUUAAGAACUAAAAUUAAUUUUAAAGCUUCGUAGAAGAUAAUAUUGCUGCCAAUUUUUUCAGUACAUUUGAAGUAUUAUAAAUAGGAAAGUAAAAUCAGUGGAAUAUAGUUAACUUGGUCUUUGAAGGUAAUGAUAAAAUAAUCACAUGCCCAUUAUGAACCCUAAUUCCUCUUAAGGCAUAUUUUAUGAAAGACAUUGAAAUAAAUGGCUGUAUUAACGUUUGAAGUACGAGGCAGUUACAGGUAGUUCUUGACUUAAGAUUGGAUGCUUAGCAACUGCCACAAAUUUUUUAACAUUGGGCAGUCACAUGAUGACCUGCUUAACAACUAGGUC